UAAAAAUAGUCUUGUAUUAUAAACUGUAUUUUGUUGAUUUCAGUGUAUCUUGUUGUUUUAAAUCGAUAACAGCUCGAUAACAGAAAACUGGAAACAGGGUGACUCGUGCAUAAAAGAAAAUUGUAAACAAAUGACUAGAGCGAUGGAGAACGCUUGUCAGUGUUGCAAGCUACGUCCGGGCUUGUCCGUCAAACGCGGUGGCUCGUUUACCAAAAUCAUUUGCCUCCAGUGCCUGCAUUUGGACACAUUUGGCACCAAGCACAACGCUCCAAGCUCCGAAAACUCAAUUAAAGACAAGGUUCACGUAGAACACUCCAUAGACAGCGAGGACGAAUUGGCAGAGCAACCUGUACAUCAUCAGCAGAUCCCAGAAGAGCACUGCGUGGUAACGGAAGAGGUUCUUGUGGAGGACGUUCUAAUUAAGAAGGAGGUUAUCGAGGAAAACCACAAUAAAGACAUGAUCCUCACACAGGAUUCCACAGCUGAGGAGGAGAUUCUUGAGGAGCACCCCGUAAUUAAGGAGGAGGUUCUUGAAGGGGAAGCCAUGCAGGGAGAAUACUUUAUAAUAACAGAAUGUCUGGAAGAGCCAGCAAACGGAAGCUGUCGGGUUUGCUUGGAACAGUCCGACUAUUUAACUAAUAUAUUUGAUGACGCGCAAGAUUCCGGCAUUCCGAUUGCCACUACAAUCUCUCAGUACUCAGGAAUGCCAGUUGAGAAAGGCGACUCAUUUUCAGAAUAUAUUUGUGUAACUUGCCUGCGUGAUAUGCAAAAUGCACACGACGCUCUAGAGCCUGAAGAAAAUACCAUCCAAAUUUACCGACAACCUAAAGAAGAGAUCAUUGACAAAGAUUCAGUAAAAAUAAAGUCAGUUGAUAAUGAAGUUAUUGGAAAGCCACCUCACAGAUGCCCUCAAUGUCCAAAGAUAUUCUUACUCGCCGCCAAACUUCAAGCUCACAUUCGGACGCAUAAUGAAAAGCGUAUCACAGAGCCUCCACGGUUAAAAUGCCCCAAGUGUCCAAGCAUAUACUUGAAACGCGGAUGUCUUGAAGCUCAUAUGUGGAUUCACAGGCCGUAUAGUGAAAGAGAAUCGGAGUUGGAGCCACCGUACAGGUGCCCGCACUGUCCAAAAGUAUUCCUUUACGCCAGCUUUCUUCAAAUUCACAUCCAGACACAUGAGGAUGUCUCCAAGAGACUCUCUCGGAAGACAUCGCACAAGUGUGCGCAGUGUUCAGAGACAUUCUCAGACGUUUCCAGUCUUAAGGAUCAUGUAAAGAACCACAAGGAACAAAUGAUGUUUAAAUGUCCCCUCUGCAUGAUGUCUUUUCCAGAAGAAUGCAAUCUAAAUAAUCACGACUGUGCUCACACUCGCUUUAAGUGCCCCAAGUGUUCCAAGUUUUUUCAAAGUCAAGAUUAUCUAGAUUUUCACUUCAAAAAAAGCCACACGACAAAAGGGCCGUUCAAGUGCAUAAAGUGCCAGCAAACUUUUGAAAAAAGUAGCGCUCUUAAAGAACACAUCAAUUUGCAGGUAUGCAUACCAUUUCGCCGAAGUAAGUCACCGGGCCAACUAUUCCCUUGUCCCAAAUGCCCGAAAAAAUUUCGCUUUGAAGAUAAUUAUCAAGCGCAUCACGCCACGCACAAAAAAUUAUUGACUGCUAUCGAGAAGUACAACUGUACACAGUGCGAAAAGUCCUACAAACAUCAGAAACACCUAACUAAGCACAUUUUGAGUCACAACCGGUGUGUCCACUGCCCGUUGUCCUUUAAGAGCACUUAUCUUCUGAAGCAGCACACACGAACUCACAUAAAUCAAUUAAGUGGAAGAGGGAAGCGCAGAAAUCGAAAUGUAAACUACAAAGAAUACGAGGAGUCCAUCGAAAUUGAUUAGAAACUAUAGAAUAAAUAUGCUAUAUAAAAACACCAAAAAACAAAUAAACAAAACAGAUUUGAAUUUA